AUGAUGCUGUCUGUACUGAAAUAUGCUGUGCCAAAACGAAGCAUAUCUACUGCAGCUUUUCCAUAUCCCAGAGUGCACGUCCCUGUUAUGUUACAACAAGUAGUAAGCCAUUUGAAGCCAAAAGAUGGAGGUAUCUAUUGCGACAUGACAUUUGGUGAAGGUGGUUAUACCAAAGCACUAUUAGAUUCUUUCGAUGACUGCAAGGUGGUUGCUGUCGAUCAGGAUCCAACAGCAUACGCCAAAGCUCUUCAAUUAGCCGAGCUAAAGCCAUAUAAAGAUCGUUUGUUUCCAUUGUUGGCAAAAUUUGGCAGUAUAUACGAGCAGAUAGAAUCCGAGUUUGACUGGGAUAUUCCAUGCUUUGAUGGCAUUGUGAUGGAUAUUGGUGUGUCCAGUGGACAAAUUGAGAUGGCAGACCGAGGGUUUUCAUACAAGCUAGAUGGACCAUUAGACAUGCGAAUGUUCUCUCGAGGACGCAAUACAAAGACAGAAUACGAGAAUGAAGCACAUUUGAUGAAGAAGUCAAUUUCUGCGUACGAGAUUGUCAACUUCUUUUCGAGAGAGCAGAUUGCAGACAUCAUAUACCAAUACGGCGGUGACAGAUUGUCUCGCAAGAUUGCUGCUGCCAUCGUUACAGCUAGGCAGCUUGGUCCAAUAGAAACAACAUCAUCAUUAGCUGCUGUUAUUCAGAAAGCAUGUCCUCAACCUAGAUGGCAACGAGGCAACGACGAUAUGGUGAGAAACUCUGCAGCACGCACUUUCCAAGCACUUAGAAUAUACAUCAAUAACGAAUUGAUCGAGCUUGAGAAAGCACUAAGCGCAAGUGAACACUUGCUGAAACCAGACGGACGCCUCGCUGUAGUUACUUUCCACUCACUCGAAGAUCGCAUUGCCAAAAACUUUAUGUAUCAUUGUGCUGGAAAAAGACUCAUGGAGGAAGCUGGACACAACCAAUUUAAUCUCAAGAGGGCUGCAAGUAAAGAAUAUAGAAAGGCAAUGAAACAAGGAUUGAUAGACAUUAGCCAUAAGCAAAUUGUGGAGAAACCAGAUAAAGUAAUCCCCUCCUUCGAAAUUUGCACCAAGCAUGUCAUUCAGCCCACAGAGGAAGAGAUAGAGGAGAAUCCCAGAAGUCGAUCAGCAAAGUUGAGAGUGGCCAAACGCACAUCCGCACAACCUCUUGAGCCAUUUGGUGGAUUGCCAUAG